AUAUUCUCAUCAAACGACUAAUAUAUUCUCGUAAGCAUAUAUAUAGUUACUUCUGUCUUGUCUGUCUGUCUGUUUACUGAUAUUAUACCAUUUCUCCUGUCUUGUUCUUGACAUGAACACCCAGAACUCAAGAAAGAAUCUUACCAAACCAGUUACUCCACAACCGUUACGUCUAAAGGAGUAUUUCUUGCCAAUUGGAAGAAAGGUGCCUGGCAAAAAUUUUACCGGGUAUUUUGUGAGCCAGUACGGGACGGUACAAGAUAGAAGAACAGACAAUCAUCAAAUUUGUGGCACAUCAAGACUUAAAGAAGGAUACAUCUAUUGUAAAAUGACCGACAUAGACACAGGAAAGUCGAGGCUUGUUGCUGUUCAUCAAUUAGUUUGUUUCGUUUUUCAUGGUUCAACCUACUCGUCAGAAAAAAAUCAAGUCGAUCACAUUGGUGGUGUAAAAGACAACAAUCAUCGUGAUAACCUUCGGUUCGUUUCACCUGGAGAAAAUAAUCGCCAUGCGUCGAUGAUGUGAUCUUGUUUUAACAAAAAAAAAAAAAAAGGUUUAGUCGUGUUGUCAUAUGUUAUAAAAUAAAAUUUCUGAUUUUGCCAAAAUGAAUGUCCUUUCUUUUCUUUGUCUUUCCUUUUUUUUUUUUUUUUUUUUUUGUUGGUGCCUUGACGCAAUUCCACUUCUUAAGAUAUGUAAUCAAAUCACCCA